UCCCGGUGGGCGCGGUUUCCGGUUUUGUCGCAGGUAGUUCGGUUUCACCCCCGUCAGGCCUGUGUCGGUGUGCGGUGGUGCCACCGGUGCAUCUGGAGCCCAGUGUGAGCGUAGCGCAGGGCUGGAGAGCAAACUUCCCCGCGAUGACAGAACACGAAUCGUCCGCGCGACUUUAACUCGAGAAGAUGUCUGAUGUCACCAAGACCGUGCAGAAAUGGCACGCGAGUUUUAAAAAGGGCACGGACUUUGAUUCGUGGGGGCAGCUGGUGGAAGCCAUCGAUGAAUAUCAAAUACUGGCAAGACAACUUCAGAAAGAGGUGCAGUCAUCAAACUCGCAUGAUUUUACAGAAGAACAGAAGAAAACCCUGGGAAAGUUUGCAACAUGCCUUGAAAUGAGAAGUGCGGCUCUACAGUGCACACAAUCCCAAGAUGAGUUUAAGUUAGAAGACCUAAAGAAACUGGAACCCAUCAUUAAGAAUAUUCUGACGUACAACAAAGAUUUUCCAUUUGAUGUUCAACCAGUGCCUUUGAGGAAAAUCCUUGCACCCGGAGAAGAGGAAAACCUGGAGGUUGAGGAGGAGUUGGAUGCUGGAACUGGAGCCGGUUCAAUACCAUCAUUCACCUCUAGGGUUCCAGGUACCUUGUUACCAAGGUUACCAUCGGAGCCUGGGAUGACGUUGCUUACGCUAACAAUAGAGAAGAUUGGUCUGAAAGAUGCAGGACAAUGUAUCGACCCUUACAUCACUGUCAGUGUUAAAGAUGUCAAUGGUAUUGAUUUGAACCCUGUUCAGGACACCCCAGUUGCCACACAGAAAGAAGACACAUACAUUCAUUUUAGUGUGGAUGUGGAAAUCCAGAAGCAUAUAGAAAAACUACCCAAAGGAGCAGCUAUUUUCUUUGAAUUCAAACACUACAAACCCAAGAAAAGAUUCACCAGCACAAAGUGUUUUGCUUUUAUGGAAAUGGAUGAAAUCAAACCAGGUCCCAUUGUCAUAGAGCUGUACAAGAAACCAACUGAUUUCAAGAGAAAAAAACUCAACCUCCUGACUAAGAAACCGCUUUACCUGCAUCUUCAUCAGACGCUACAUAAAGACUAAACAGAAAAAGGCCUGCCACAAAUGGACCAAAAACAAAGUGUUUCUCGACUGAUCAAAUUCAUUUUGGUGCGUCAUCACGCGUUCCCUGCAAUAUCAGAGUUGUCUUUAUCCUCUCACAUCUUCAGUGUUAUGGUUUGGGACGAUCGACAUAUCACCAACAUGCUUUAUUUUAAAGAGAGAGAGGAGACUAUUGACAUGCUCAUUGGUCAAGUUUUGCACAAAUGCUCUGUAUGAUGAAAAUUGUUUUGGGUAUUUAUACUUAAACAUUAUAUGAAAGAUGAUCUGACUGAAUCACAUUAUACUGAAUAUCUGUUUACUGCAGCUUGCUAACACUACAUUAAAGUUAAACCAGCCAAUGAUGGCGUGAGAGACCAGUUAAAACCAGCAAAAGCUUUUUCUCAAAGAUUACAUCAAUGUUGGCAAGUGCUUACAAACCACCAAUAAUACAAACUUUUCAGCUCGGGACUCUAGUCCAAACUCGUGUUUCUUGUCACAUUAUCUUUAAAAUCAAGAUGCAAGUUAUUAAUAUUGAAACAACUAAUGAUAAUAUGUUCACCCAGACUGUUUUAAUGUGUCUCAUGUUUGUAAACAUCAAAUUCAAAGGGGUGGUUUCCCAGACAGGGUUUAGAUUAAUCCAGGACUAGGCCUUAGUUAUUUUAGGACAUUUGAAAAGUUUUUACAAACAAACCUUACAAUAAACUAUACUGGUGUGCAUCUUGAGACAAAACAACGUCACUGAUAUAUAUUAAAAUAUGUCAGUGUUUAGAAAUUAAAGUAGCUCAAACAUGCAUUUUAGUCCGGGACUAGGAUAACAAGCCCUGUCCGGGAUGCCCUGUCCAAAGUGUUGCAUUUCUAUGAUGAUUUUGUAUGUGUUGUCAAAUAUAAGAUGUCUGUCACGAGUGGAUUGUUACACAGCUUUUUCAUGUCUCAUUUCUAAUAAAUGACAAUGCUGCUUGAAUCAUGA